AUGAAGCCUAAUCUGUGGGGAAUUAUGAUGCGCUUCCCGUUUCUUUUCCGUCGUAUUUGCUUUCUGCUCACCUUCCCCUUCCCGACACUACAUGGCCAGUUGAUGCCGGAGUCGAGGGCCGGCCAAGGCCUGCUGCUCUUCACCCAGCCUGCCUACAACGCCUCCAUCUUUGAGAAUUCCGCCGCCGGGAGCUAUGCCAAAAGCCAGGUCAAAAUGGGCAUUGUCCUGGUCCCAUCGUUUGAGAUCAAGUUCUCCAUUGAGCCCGGCGACGGCGAGGGAAUCUUUCAGGCGGAGGACUUUACGAUGGGGGAUUUCUGCUUCCUCCGUAUACGAAGCAACAGCGGCGCCAUGCUGAACCGGGAAGUGCAAGACAAUUACACUCUGACGGUCAAAGCCUCCGCCCAAGGAGGCCUGGAGGCACUGGCCACCGUGUACAUAAACGUCCUGGACACUAACGACCUCCGUCCUCUCUUUUCCCCGACCUCCUAUUCCUUUGUGGUGUCAGAGCGUGCCCCCUUGGGUGCCAGCAUUGGCCGGGUGACGGCCACCGACGCCGACGUUGGCGCCAACGGUGACUUCUACUACUUCUUCAAGAACAAAGUGGACCUCUUUGCCGUGCACCCCACCAGCGGCGUGGUCACGCUGACCGGCCAGCCCAGGACGGACAAGCAGGACCGCUUCGAGCUGGAGGUGCAGGUGGUGGACAGAGGGAUGAAACUCUACGGAAACAAUGACAUCAGCAGCACGGCCCGGCUGGUGGUGAGCGUGAUGCAGAUAAAUGAGUUUGCACCCGUCCUGAGGGCGGUCGCUGUGGUCCCAUCGUGGACAGACGAAAAUCCGGUCUUUGCCAAAGUGACAGUGGAGGAUAAAGACGAAGGGGUAAGCGGGUACAUAGAGUGGGUGUCCAUUAUUGAUGGUGGCCUACUUGAACAGUUUGUGAUUGAUCUAUCGCCUCUUGUUGCGAAUGAGUAUUGGGUCAGAGCAUCACAGCAGGUUGACUGGGACAAAUACUCCUAUGGCUGCAACUUAACCCUCCAGGCUAAAGACAGAGGCGUCCCUCCUAAAUUCUCUAACACUCAAUUGCUUCAGUUGUUGGUCACGAAGCCCAAACCGACACUGAGGAGUUUCGAGAAAGACGUUUAUGAAGUGGUGCUGAGUGAAAUUGCUCCCCCGGGCACUGUUGUUGAGGUGCUGAGACUCUCCCCAGCUCCCACGAGUGUCAAUUACAGCUUCUGCAGCCUCUCAGAACUAAUGUACUUUGAUAUCAAUCCGUCGACCGGCGUUAUUAUGACCUCAAGGAGGCUGACAACGAUAUCACAGAUUUUCAUGGAGAUGGAAGUGUUAGAGGCUGUCAGCCGGCUGAGAGCAAAGGUCCGGAUCACCGUGGAAGAUGCUAAUGACAACUCUCCAGUAUUCAGCAGGCCGUUUUAUGAAGUUUCCGUCAAUGAACGCUUGUCUGUUGGCAGCGUUGUUCUCAUCGUGUCAGCCGUGGAUGAAGACAAAGGAGAGAACGGCUACAUCACACACACAAUUAAUGGCGAUCCGUCACUUCCUUUCACUGUGGACCAAGACACGGGGGAGCUGAGGAUCACGCGAGACCUGGACUUUGAGUCGUCAGAAGAAAUCUACAUAUUUGCCGUGCGAGCCUCAGACUGGGGCUCGCCCUACAGAAGGGAGAGCGAGGUGAACGUAACAGUCCGUUUGAUAAAUAUAAACGACAACGCACCUGUCUUUGAGAGGGUCUCCUGCAGAGGGAUGAUAGGCCGGGAUUUCCCCAUCCGCCAGACCAUCAUCACCCUGUCCGCCGUAGACAUGGAUGAUCUUGGAAUGGUGAAGUAUGACGUGGUUUCCGGCAACGAGAUGAACUACUUUAACUUGAACGCAGAGUCCGGCGCCUUGUCGCUGAAGAGAUCAUUAGUGGGGGCAAACUUAAAGAAUGGGAUGUUCAACUUGAAAGUCGUCGCCACUGAUGGAGAGAUUUUCUCUGAGCCUAUGUUUGUCAAUAUAUCCGUCGUGAGGGGUUCGAUACCGCCCCGUGGGCUCAGCUGCAAGGACACACAGGUGGCCCAGUUGAUGGCAGAGAAAAUGCUCUCAAAGGCCAUGGCGAUGGCUCGAGUGAGGCAAGAUGACAGAAGUCCAGAUGUCUUCUCUGUGAACAAACAAGCGCCGCAGUUCGAGGCCUUGCCUACGAGUAUCCUGGUUCGGGAGGACCUCCCAACCGGAGCCAGCGUCUUCCAGGUGAGGGCGCGGGACGGUGACACAGGCUUCAGUGGCCGACUUCUCUUUUCCAUAUCUGAUGUCAGCAAAGAGAACUGUUUGACCGUGGACAUGGAGAGCGGCUUGCUGACCAUUCUGCGGCCACUGGACCGCGAGCGAACCGACCGCUACUUCCUCAACAUCACUGUCUAUGACCAGGGUGUCCCCCAGAUGUCCAACUGGAGGCUUCUGACCGUCAUCGUGGAGGACGCCAACGACAAUGAUCCGCAGUUUGCCCAGGAUUCGUUCACUACGCUGGUCGCCGAAAACGCCCCCUUGGGUACUCAGGUGGUCACCAUCACUGCCUUUGACAAAGACGCCGGUCAGAACGCGCAGCUGUCCUACCUUUUGCUGAAUGGCGUCCCUCAGUUCGGCAUUGACAGCGAGACCGGCGGUGUCUUCGUGGCUAGCCACCUGGACCGCGAGAGCUUCCCGACGUUCACGCUGACGAUCGAAGCCAGAGACAAGGCGGAAAGAGGCAACCGGCGAUCGGCUGUGACCACGUUGAACAUAAUCGUGGAGGAUGUCAAUGACUCCCCCCCGUCUUUCAUCCCAAGCAUUUACACCACUCGAGUGCUGGAGGAUCUCCCUCCUGGGGCUGUCAUUACUUGGGUGCAGGCCAAGGACCCGGAUAUCGGACCAAGCGGACAAGUCCGGUACUCCCUCUUCAGUGACUUCAACGGCACUUUUGAGAUGGACACUGUGAGCGGCGUGUUGAGGAUCAGGAAGGAGCUGGACUUUGAGAAGCAGCCGUUUUAUAACCUGACCUUGCUCGCCGAGGACCGGGGGAUGCCCACCCUCAGCAGCCUGACGUAUGUGGAGGUGGAGGUGGUGGAUGUCAAUGAGAAUUUGUACGCACCAUACUUUCCCGACUUCGCCGUGAGAGGCUCGGUGAAGGAGAACUCCCGGGCUGGCACCAGCGUGCUGGCGGUGGCUGCCAAGGACGAUGACAAGGGAAAAGAUGGCACCUUGAAGUAUUCCAUCCAGGGCGGCAGCGGGUUGGGCGCCUUCAUCAUCGACGAAGACACAGGGGUGAUUUACACCGCAGGCAUCCUGGACUGCGAGAGCAAGGAUUCCUAUUGGCUCACGGUGUACGCCACAGACAGAGAGGUCACGCCGCUGUCGGCCUCCGUGGAGGUCUUCAUCCAGGUGGAGGACGUGAACGACAACGCGCCGCUCACCUCGGACCCCAUCUACCACCCGUCGGUGAUGGAGAACUCGCCCAAGGACGUGUCGGUCAUCCGCAUCCAGGCGCAGGACCCCGACCUCACCGCGACGCCCAGCCGCCUCAGCUACCGCAUCAGCGCCGGAAACCCGCAGAACUUCUUCUACGUCAACCCAAAGACAGGCUUGAUCACCACGACGGCGCGGAAGCUGGACCGAGAGCACCAGUCGGAACACUUCCUGGAGGUGACGGUCAUCGAUGGGCCGGUGAUCACCCGCCAGUCCACCGUGUGGGUCAUGGUCCACGUGGAGGACCAGAACGACAACCCGCCUGUCUUCCCGGAGGUCACCUACCGCAUCCGGCUGCCCGAGCGCGACCGCAACCGUCGCGGCGAGUCCGUCUACCGUGUCUUUGCACACGACCGCGACCUGGGCGCCAACGCCAACGUCAGCUACAGCAUCGUGGACGGCAACCAGGACGAGACGUUCAGCCUGGACCCACGCACCGCCAUGGUGGUGUCCAGGAAGGCGGUGGCGGCCGGCAGCUACCACAUCCUCACGAUCAAGGCAGAGGACGGCGGCGAUCCCCCGCUGUGGUCCACAGUCAAACUUCACGUGGAAUGGAUCAGCAGGCCCACACCCUCGGUGCUGCCCCUGCUGUUCACCCAGCGCUGCUACAAUUUCUCCGUGCCCGAGACGGCCACUGUGGCUCAGCCCGUGGGAGUGGUCGCCGUGGGCCAGUCCAACACUCCCGUUUGGUUCAACAUUGUCGGAGGACGCGUGGCCAGAGAAAUGUUCUACAUUCCGCAGAACGCGUGUGGGAGGAACUGCUCUCUCGACACAGGUAGCUUCGAUAUGCAGUUUGACCUCCAAGUGGGCGUGGGCACCUUGGUGGUGGCCAGGGCGCUGGACGCCGAGGUGCAGGCCGUAUACAAUAUGACGGUGCAGGUGACGGAUGGGACCAAUGUCGCCACCACACAGGUGUUUAUCCGGGUCCAGGACAGCAACGACAACCCUCCGGUGUUCUCGCAGCCGGCCUACGACGUCAGUGUGUCGGAGGAUGUCGCGGUGGACACAGAGCUGCUGCGUUUGCGUGCGUCAGACAUGGAUGAACGGAGCCGCCUCAGCUUCUCCAUCUACGGCAGCGUGGACCCGGCCAGCAUGCGGCUAUUCCGGCUCAACCCGGGCACCGGGGCGGUGUACACAGCCGACCGUCUGGACUACGAGGCCCGGACGCAGCACAUCCUCACCGUCAUGGUCAAGGACCAGGAGUUUCCGUUUAACAGGGACCUGGCUCGGAUCCUGGUGGCGGUGGAGGACGCCAACGACAACGUCCCCUACUUCACCAGCACUGUUUAUGAUGCCGUCACCUACGAAUCUUCCCCCGUCGGCACCUCGGUCCUGCAAGUCACAGCACUAGACAAGGACAACGGGAUUAACGGACAACUCACCUACACCAUACAAGCAGGCAACACAGGUGGCAUGUUCAGCAUAAACAACAACACGGGCCUCAUCUUCAUUGCCAAGGACCUGGAUGUCACUUCUGUGGGCUUUUACACACUCAGUGUGCAAGUCACGGAUGGCGGUUUUCCACCGCUAAUGGCCACUGCUUCCGCCCGUGUAUCCUUGACGCUCUCCAACUUAUCCAGGCCUAAAUUCUCCCAGAAGGAGUACCAGGCUGAGAUCAUGGAAAACAGCACAGCCGGCGCUCACGUGACCACAGUGAGCGCCCUGAGCCGCUCGGCGCUCAUUUAUGACAUCACCAGGGGCAACGAGGAGAAGUGCUUCUUCAUUAAUCGCCACACGGGCGUCAUCAGCACACGCAAACGCUUCGACUUUGAGAAAACGUCAUCCUACUUCCUGAUGGUCCGCGCCUCCAGCAUGGCAGGUGCAGAGGCCAGCGCCCCAGUCGUGGUUCAGGUGGGCGACGUCAACGACAACGCGCCUGUCUUCCAGCAAUUAAGGUACUCAGGGGCCAUCAGUGAAGCGGCCCCAGUCAACAGCGUGGUCCUCGGGGACGACGGCGAUCCCCUGGUCAUCCGGGCGACGGAUGCCGACCGCAAUCACAACGCCCUGCUGGUGUUCCUGAUUGUGGACGAGACCGCUCGGAUGUUCUUCAGUGUGGACCCUGGAACCGGAUCCAUCCGGACGAUUGCCAGUGUGGAUUACGAGACCUUCCCAGAGUUUGUCUUCAGGGUUCAAGUCCGAGACAGUGGACAGCCACCUAAAAGUGCUGACAGUCCUGCUGAGGUGUUUAUCAAGGUGAUCAACAUCAACGACUCGCCACCAAGAUUCUCCCAGGACAUAUACGAAAGCAUCCUGCUGCUGCCCACCUAUGCUGGAGUGAAGGUCCUCCACCUGGACGCCUUCGAUCCUGACGUGACCCUGGACCCUGAAAACGAGACUCCCCGACUGGUGUAUUCGCUGGUGGACCGCAACCUGGAGCACUUCUCUGUGGAGCGCAGCAGCGGCGUGGUGACGGUCAUCAAUCAGAACCUCAGCAAGGACCGCUAUCGAUUCAACGUGAAGGUUUGGGACGGCCGUUUCUCGAGUGUGGCUUUGGUCACGGUGCUCGUCCGCCAAGCCAUCAGCAGUGAUCUCUCUUUCGUGGCCCCGUUUUACAUGGCCACCGUCCGGGAGAACACCCGCAACGAGAGCGUCCUAGCAGUGGUCCACGCUGCCGGCCAGCGCCUGAACGAGCCCCUGAUGUUCACGCUGCUCAACCCCGGUGGGUUCUUCGCUGUGAGGCCCACCUGCGGGGCUUUGCUCACCGUCGGCGUCCCGUUUGACCGUGAGGAACGGGACAGCUACGAGCUUGUGGUGGAGGUCCGCAAGGAGGAGGAAGUACUGAAGGUAGCCAGAGUUACCGUCAGAGUGCAGGUGGAGGACGACAACGACAACGCCCCCGAGUUUGUGAACCUCCCGUACUACGCCACAGUGCAGGUGGAAGCAGAACCCGGCUCAUCCAUUUUCACGGUGACGGCCACCGACCGGGACUUGGGUGUCAACGCUCAGGUGACGUACCGUCUCAAGGAACCACACAGGAACUUUCAGGUGAACCCUGUGACAGGCGAGCUGACGCUAAAGCGAGCCUUUGAGGCUGACUUGUCCAGCGGCGAGUUCAAGGUGGUGGUCGUGGCUUCCGACGGCGGCACCCCCUGUCUGUCCAGCGAGGUGGAGCUUCCAGUCAGCGUGCUGAACAAAGCGAUGCCACUGUUCGACAAGCCCUUCUACGGUGUCACCGUGCCCGAAGACGUGGCUGUGUCCACCUCGCUGCUGAGCCUGAACGCCAGCAGCCCGACAGGCCAGCCCAUCAUUUUCACGCUGGCCGGCGGUGACCCGUCACUGCAGUUCGACAUCGGCUUCGACACGGGCACGAUCAGCGUGCUCUACCCACUGGACUACGAGAUGGCGCCGUACUACCGCCUCACUGCCAGGGCCACUGACACGCUGACGGGCGCCAGGUCUGAGGUGGACGUGGACGUCGUGGUUCUCGAUGUCAACGACAACCCGCCUGCCUUCCAGAAGUCAGCGUACUGGGCCAUGCUUCCCGAGAACGCCAUGAUCGGAACCAGUGUCCUACAGGUGUUUGCUCAGGAUCAAGACUCGGACAACAACUCCAGGGUGAGCUACGAGAUCGUGUCCGACGUGUACAACAGCAGCGAUUACUUCCACGUGGAGCGCGACAGCGGUCUGCUGUUGACGGCGCGGCUGCUGGACUACGAGCUCGCCCAGCGCUUCAAUUUCGUCGUGCGGGCGACGGACGGCGGAGAGUCGCCGCUCAGUAGCGACGUCAGCGUCACGUUGGCCGUCGCCGACAUCAACGACAACCCGCCCGACUUCAGCCAGACGCUGUACGAGGCCUUCGUCAGCCAGCUGGCGCCCCGAGGGCACUUUGUCACCUGCGUUCAGGCCUCGGACGCCGACAUGGGCGAUGCCCAGAGGCUCCGGUACAGCAUCCUGUCUGGUAACGAGCGCAUGACGUUCACCAUGGAAGCGGAGAGCGGCGUUCUGCGUCUGUCUAACAAUAGGCGACAGGGCAUGAAGCUGUCGUAUCAGCUCAACGUGUCCGUGUCUGACGGCGUCUUCACAAAUACGGCUCAGGUGGUGGUUAACAUGCUGGGAGCCAACCUGUACAGUCCGGUGUUCAGCCAGAGGUUCUACCUGGCAGAAGUCCCAGAGAAUGCGCCGCACGGUUCAAAGGUCAUCCAGGUCCGCGCCUCCGACGAGGACUCGGGUCUGUUCGGCCAGAUCACUUACUCCUUCAUCAACGACUUUGGGAAGAGUCGCUUCGCCGUGGACGCGGACGGAAUCAUUUCUACCACGCAGAGACUGGACCGAGAGGACCCUCUCAACAAAGACAUCUUGCUCACUGUCAUGGCCCUGGACGGAGGAGGCCGGGCGUCGUUCUGCACGGUGCGAGUGGUGCUGGCGGACGAGAACGACAACGCACCGCGCUUCCGGGCGGUGGAGUACCGCAUGAGCAUCAAGGCCAACGUGGGCAAAGGCUCCCUGGUCACCCAGAUCCAGGCCAGCGACCCCGACGCCGGCUCCAACGGCAGGAUCGUCUACUCGCUCUACAGCGAGGCGCGCUUGUCCCUGGUCGACGUCCUCGAGGUGGAGUCCGACAGCGGCUGGAUGAUGACCAAGAGCUCGGUGUCCCACCUCCAGGGUACGGUGCUGUCCUUCUUCGUCAAGGCCACCGACUGCGGCUCCCCGGCCAAACACUCUCUGGUGUCGGCCUUCAUCCACGUGGUGCCUCCCGACGCCUUCAUCCCGUCCUUCAGCCAGCCCCAGUACUCCUUCACUGUCCCCGAGGACACGCCGGCGGGCACGGCGCUGGGGUCCGUCUACAUGGGCCCGGGCAAGAGCGCCGCCUUCUCCGCUGUGGCCGGAGAGACGGCCGACAGCAACCAGGGUGGGACCUUCCUGGUGGAGGCCGACACGGGGCUCGUCCGUCUGGUCAAGCCCCUGGACUACGAGCGCGUCCCCGUAUACCGCUUCAAGGUGGCCGCCGCCGCCCGCAGGGACCUCAUCGAGGCCAUCACCAGCGUGGACGUGGAAGUCAAGGUCCUGGACGUUAACGACAACGAGCCGGCGUUCGAGACGGACACGUACGUGGCCACGGUGAUGGAGGGCAUGCCGGUCGGCACCCGGGUGGUCCAAGUGCGGGCGCUGGACCCCGACCGGGGCUCCAACGGUCAGGUGACUUACAGCCUAGAAGAGCCGACGUCCGCCGCCACUUCAGUGUUCUCCAUUGACAGCAAGACGGGCUGGAUCACCGCUGCCGCCGGUGUGGACCACGAGGAGCGCUCCAGCUACAGCUUCCGCGUACUGGCGUCCGACCAGGGCGAGUUGCGCUCGCUGCGGGCCGCCGCCGCCGUCACGGUGGCCGUGUCUGACGUCAACGACAACCCGCCGCGCUUCCGGCGGGAGCUGUACCGCGGCGCCGUCAAGGAGAGCGACCCGCCCGGCGAGGUGGUGGCCGUCCUCAAGACCAGGGACGACGACGGGACCGACCAGAACCGCAUGGUCAGCUUCUACAUCACCGGCGGUAACGUGGGCGGUGUGUUCGGUCUGGCGCUGGUGCAGGGCGAGUGGAAGGUGUACGUGAGCGGGCCGCUGGACCGCGAGCGUCAGGAUCGUUACCUGCUCAACGUCACGGCCAGCGAUGGCCUCUACGUGGCCCGCGCAGCUGUGGAGGUCACCGUCAUAGAUGCCAACGACAACAGCCCCGUCUGCAACCAGGCGGUGUACAGCGCCUCUUUCCCAGAGGACGUGGCGGCCAACAAGGGCGUGCUGACGGUGGGCGCGUCCGACAGUGACUCGGGUUCCAGCGCCGAGAUCCAGUACUCGCUCUUUGGCAUCGGCGUGGAAGACUUCUACAUGGAUGCCAACACUGGCGAGCUUCGCACAGUGGCGCCCUUGGACCGCGAGAGCCGUCCCUCCUACAAGCUCAUCGCCCAGGCUACGGACGGCGGGGGCCUCUUCUGCCGCUGCGACGUGUCGCUGAAGCUCCUGGACGUCAAUGACAACGCGCCGUCCUUCGCGUCCUCACGCUACGUGGCCAGCGUAUACGAGAACGCUGCGCCCAACGCGCUACUCACGCGGCUGCAGGCCACCGACCCAGACCAAGGCCUCAACCGCACCAUCGUCUACUCCCUGGUAGACUCGGCCAACGGGGUCUUCUCCAUCGAUCCCGUGUCCGGAGUGGUGGUCCUGGAGAGACCCCUGGACCGAGAGAGUCAAGACUCAUACCGGCUCCGCGUUCGGGCCACAGACCAAGCCGGGCUGCAGGGGGCGCUCUUCUCACAGGUGGACCUGACCGUGUUGGUCCUGGAUGUGAACGACAACGCGCCGGUGUUCCAGCGGCGGGACUACACUGUCACCGUGCCCGAAGACGUCGCGGUGGGCACUGAAGUGCUGCGGGUGCUGGCCACCAGCGCUGAUAUUGGGCCCAAUGCCGAGAUCUCCUACAGAAUCCGCUCAGGCAACGAGAUGGCCAAGUUCUCCAUUGACAGGAACCUGGGUUCCCUCUUCGUGGCUGAUGAUCUGGACUUUGAAGUAUGCAAGGACUACUACCUGACGGUGGAGGCCUGGGACGGAGGCAGCCCGCCCCUCAGCGCUGCCACCAUGGUGACCAUCCAGCUGAUGGAUAUCAACGACAACGCCCCUGUCUUCAGCCAGGAUGUCUACAAUGUCCUGGUCAGCGAGGACGCCCCGGUCGGCCAGUCCAUAACUAGGGUGCUGGCAGAAGACCUGGACAGUCAAGUUAAUGGACGCAUCACAUACUCCAUCCUGAAAGGCGACAGGAGCAACCACUUCUGGAUCGACCCGGUGGCGGGGCUGCUCAAAGUCAAUAAGCGUCUGAACCGGGAGCUGGUGUCCCGCUACACUCUGUCAGUGCAGGCCUUCGACAGUGGCUCGCCCGCCAUGUCUUCGGCUGUCGCCGUCAACGUAGACGUUGCCGACGUCAACGACAAUCCACCCGUCUUCACUCCGCCCAACGCCACUGCCGUGGUCCAGCUGAACCAAGCGUCCGGCAGCGUCCUGCUCCGUCUGUCUGUCAGUGACAAGGACGCCCCUAGGAAUGGCCCGCCCUUUGGGUUCAGCUUAGUUUCCGGGAACGAGGGCGGUUUCUUUACGCUGGACCAGACGGGAACGCUAAGGUCUGACCGCGUGUUUAGCCCGGAGUCCCCCAGGGAGUUCACCCUCGAGGUCCAGGCAAGCGACUCUGGCCGGCCCCCUUUGGUCUCGUCUUCGUGGGUUUUUCUGCGGGUCAUCGGGAACAGUCAGUACAAGCCGGCCGUCUCGCCCCUGGAAAUCUUUGUGGUGACGGCAACCGACACAUUCCAGGGCGGCCCAAUCGGUCGCAUCCACGCGACAGACCGCGACCCAAACGACGCGCUGUCCUUCACCCACACGCCGCAGGACAAGAGCAUGUUUAGCAUCAACAGGCAGGACGGCAGUGUUAUGGUUCUACCGGGAUUAGAGCCGGGAAGGUAUCAGAUGAACGCUACUGUCAGCGACGGUCGUUUUGCUGUGAUCGCUGACGUCUCGGUCCGAGUGGAACAGGUGACGGAUGUGCUGCUGCGUAGCGCUAUCGCCCUGAGGUUCCGCUCCCUGUCACCCGAGGACCUACUGGGCCGCUACCUAAGCCAGAUCCGGCUGACGUUGCGGGCGCUGGCUGGUUGGAAAUGGUCGGCGGGACAACAGGACCCGCUCCACAUCCUCGGCGUGCAGCCGGUGGAGGGGACGUCCGACGUGGACCUCCUCGUGGCAGUCGAGAGGCCAGAGAUGUCAGCUGGUGGUGGUAGUGGGCGAAUGGGGGGCUUUUACGCGCCCCAAGAGGUGGCCGCCAAGCUACGGGAGGCAAGGGGGCAGCUCCGCGGGGUCCUGGCUGGAGCGACUGCAGUGGGUGGCGCCUGCUCCGGGGAGCUGGCAUGCGGCGACAAGGUGUGCGAGCAGACGCUGGCCAUGGAGGCUGGCUCGCUACUGACGUACAGCACAGAGAGGGUCAGCUUGGUGUCACUGCCGUUCAGACGCAUUGAGACCUGCACCUGCCCUCGUGGGGCUUGCUCUGCUCCUGUGGAGCUGUGUGAAGGUCAGUCGUGUCCAGCAGACAUGCAGUGUGUACGCUCCGGCCCAACCGCACCAUCUGUCUGCCAGUGUCUACCUGAGCGUUUGGACGAGUGUGCUGGUCAAAGCUCGCUGAGGUUUUCUGGUAACGGCUACAUCAAGUACAAAUUGACGGAGAGCGGUCAGAGCAGUCAGAGCGGCGAGAUGAAGCUGGGCCUGAGAGUCCGCACGCUGCAGACAAGGGGAGUCAUCAUGUUCACCAGAGUCAACCCCUGCACCAUGCUCAAGAUCGAAGGUGGCCGCCUGUGGUUCCAGUUGGACUGCGACAACACGUUGGGCAUAAUGGGUAUCUCCGGGCGACAGAUCAACGACGGGCUGUGGCACGCCGUGGCCUUGGAGCUGACCAGCAACUACACCCUCCUGUCAUUGGACGACAGCUACGUGGAGCGACGACGGGCCGCCAGAGCCCCCGUCCGCCUUUGGCCAGUCGCCCCGGAAUCCUCUUUCUUCUUCGGGGCGCAGGUGAGGCCCCUGACGGUGGCCGGCCAAGGGGCGAGGGCCCAAGAUGGCUUCCAAGGAUGCCUUGGCCAGCUGACGCUCAACGGCAGAGAGCUGCCACUGCAGAAUAAACGCAGUCGCUACGCUGAGCUCGCUGGGCUGAGUGAGGUAGAGAUGGGCUGCGUCCUUUACCCGGACCCCUGCGUCAGUGCCCCCUGCCUUAACGGAGCCAUGUGCACCAGCCUGCCCUCUGGAGGCUUUGGGUGCACUUGCAUCUCUGGUUUCACCGGAGGACGCUGUGAAAGCCCAGUGAUGCCCUGCACACCAAACCCCUGCCAGGCUGGCGGCGAGUGCCAGGCCGUGGGCGGCGGCGGCGGCUUCGUCUGCGGAUGCCCGCCGGGACUCGGGGGGCUUAUAUGCGAUGAAGACGUGGACGAGUGCGAGCGGGCCCAGUGCGGCGAUAGCGGCGAGUGCGUCAACACGCUAGGAUCCUUCUUCUGUAACUGCACGCCGGGAUAUGAGGGCGGGGCCUGCGACGGUGGCAGUGAGGCGGGUGACGACACGCAGGCGGAGCCGCUGUCGUACGUCGGUCCCGGCGAGAUCAUUGGCAUUGGCGUUCUGGCCUUCGUCGUCAUCCUGCUCCUCAUCCUCUUCGCAAUCUUCCGGAAGAAGAUCCAGUUCCGAAAGGACUCGGCGGGGGCGGCGCCCGCGGGGAGCGUCGCAGUCGUGUCGGCUAUCACGGAGACCAGCUACAUGCUGCGCAAGACAGGCAUGGGCGCGGAGGGCAUCGAGUUCGAGGCGGUGCGUGUGCCGGGCUCGCCGGGGAAGGUGAGCGCUAUUGGUGGAGGCGACGGCGGCGGCCUGACGGCACCGCCUCAGGUGGUGGUGAGACCUGACGCGCACUCACCUCUGAUGGGGGGGAGACGCAGCACAGACGCGGAUGGAAGCAGGCUGAGCAGCUUCCUGUCCGACAUGUCAAACAUGCGCGGCAACCGUCGGGGCGUGGCCGUGUGCAGCGUGGCACCCACCAAUCUGACCCCGCCGUCGCCUUGCCGCCGCCUCCACCAGCACAGCCCCGCUCACAAGGUGUCCUGGGAGGGCGGGGACGCCAACACGGCGGCGGAAGCCAGCCGGCGAGAAGAACGCGAGGACCAGUGGAGUCAGAGAGCCUUUGAGAUGGAAAGGACGGACGGCAGCGACGGUGAGCGGUCGCCUACGCAGAGCGACGCGAUCGGUCUUUCGUCAGACUCCACGUUAGAGGAUCUCAGCUCGUACACGUCAGAGUCCUUCGACGACAACGCCUCCAUCGUGACAGUCAUCCGUCUGGUCAACGACACGGUGGACCACAUUGAGAGUGAAGUGUCCAACAUGGACAAUGAGCAGUGGCAGGACAGUCCUGCUUACCACUGGGACUCGUCCAGGCAUAACUCCAGCUGGUUCUCGCCAACGCGCCUGCGUCUGCCCGAGAUGGCAUCCCACUAUGACCUGAGCAACGCUCACCAGAACAUCCGCCGGGGAGGCAGCACCCGCUCCCUACAGCUGGACUAUCCGAUCCAGGUCCCAAGCACCAACAGAGGCCAAGAGUCGGUGCCAGAGGCCGGGCGGAGGGCCUUCCAGUGGGAAAAGAACCAGUCGGGCGAGUGGCAGCGGAAGAGGUGGCUGGAUGGGGAAGGGCGGCAAAGGAGCAGCGAGGAGUCACCCGUCUACGAGGAAUACCGGGAGCCCCGGCAAGACUCGGUACACAGCGAAGACUCUGAGGGUCUCUACGACACCCUUCCCCCAACCCGAGAAGCCUACGACGGGUACCCAUCCAGCCCACCGGGCCACAGCUUGCACCCGGCCCAGCUGUUGCCUCCCUUGCGGGCUUGGGCCUCUGGGUCUCGGGAGGACAGCGGCGGACCUCUCGGCUCUGGUGCUAUGACCGCUUCUGCGGAUGAGCUGGAAAGACUGUUGAACCUGGUGUCACUGCGAGCCAGGAGGGCUACGAGGACCAACAGAACCUCCACUGGGUCAGAACCCGCAGCAGGUUGGCACGGAUUCAAAUGACCGUCAUGACUCUUGACACAAAAUACACAACAAGAAAAAAGUGACGCCUCUCUCAUCUCGUUAGCGGGGCCUGUUUUUCCGAGGAAAGGACUCUUAGCCACAUGCGGCACGCCGCUUCAGAGAUGUUAUUAAGAUUAACGGCAUCUUUGUUUAAUCAUUUCAUUACUCAUCAAUUAUUUAUUUCAUAAGAAGGUCGUUUGGCGGCCGAGCAUCACGAGCUUCAAAGUGAAAGAUAAUUAAAAGUGAGACAUUUUUAAGACCGCACACACACACACACACACACACACACACACACCCUGCCUCCGAUUUAUCGCUGUGUUUUCUCACUGUGAAUAAAUUGUGUA